GAGUUAACCACAGUGAAUAAUUCUGAGGAUGCGCAAAAGAUGGAAUGAAGCCCUUCCGCCCACCACCAUCUCCUGCAGGCCACAGCGCCGCUCACCUUUUUCAAACUCCGGGACUUUCAAAUCCCAUUCCCACGUAUCCACCUUUCGCAAGUGCUGGUAGACCAAGUUCGCCUUUUCUUGCGACGUCAGCACAUCCUCAAGCUCGUAGUCCAGCUGUGUCUGCGCGGUCAAAAGGGCGGCCAGCCCGCCACUCGCCGCCAUAUUGUCUCCCUCACGUCUGUCUAUGAAGAAUACAGCGCCAAGGAGGGGAACAAUUGUAGAGGAGAAAGUGCGGUUCCUGAUGAAUAGCAUGAUUCGGGAGGAAGAAGGUAGCAGACGCCAAAGAGGGAACGGAAGACUUCAAAUUGUCGCUGACCUGAAAUGUAUGUUUGAAUCAAACAAAGAGGUGAAUGGACCAGUCACGCUGUCCUCUAAACUUCCCAGAAGCUGAUACUACAAAGGCUGUCCUCCCAGGAGGAACAAUAGAUUCAGAAAGCGUCUUUUUAAAGAAUUCUGUGGGUGAUUUUUAAAAAUAACGCAUAGAAUUAAAAUCUUUGCAUUUAUUUGUCUAUUAAAUCCAUAUUUUUGAGAAGAGUAUUUUAUGUUUAUGGCCUCACCUUGUUUUUACAUGGCAUCUAGGAAUUUUUGUCAUUCAGACCAAGGAAGUAAAAAAAGUAACAAACAUAUACAUUGGAAAAUAUUGGAAUGCUAUUAAAUUUUUAAGAAAUAUUUUUGAAUGCUUUGGGGUUGUCAUGUCUGAAGAUGGCCUGCUGGAAGAGGACAUCUGGGAGUACAAAUCUAUUAGAAAGCGAAAGUCACCAUGCCAAACUUCAGAAGUCACCUCCACAAAAACACAGGAAUCAAAUGGUGGAAAGAGUACGUCACAAAGUAAUGGCUGCAGAAGUAAGAGGAAAACAUCAGAAGGAAAAGACAAGCCUAAUAAAACAAAGCAAAGGGACAUUCAGACAUCCUUAGAGCAAGAGCAGAAUGUUGGUGUUUUCAACCAUGAUGUACAGUCCCCCAAAAGAAUAUCAUCUUCAGCAAAACCUAAGAGAAACUGUAAGAAGCAAAGUCCAAUAAAUGCACGUCCAGUGUAUGAUGGAUACUGCCCAAGUUGCCAGAUGCCUUUCUCUUUGCUGUUGGUCCAGACGCCUCAGUGGCAUGUUACUGAAUGCCUGGACAGUGCAGGGACUGCUGAAAAAGAGUGCCCUGAUGGUCUUCUGUGUACUUCAACCAUACCUUCUCAUUACAAAAGUUAUAGUCAUUUUCUACUUGCUUCGAACAGAGCAGGGGAUCAUCUUGUGGAAUUCUCAUCAUCCAACUUAGAAAACAAUCUCUUUGGUCCUGGUGCUUCUCAGUUCAUUAACUGUAGCAGUACCACUGAAAAUGGGGCACUGAUGGAUUUGAACAGGAACUCAGGGAAGCCUCCAAAUUGUUGUGUUCUGUUAGAGCAGAGUUCAUUAAAUACAAAUUCUGGGGGUGUUGCUGAGAUAAAGACUUCCUCUUUGGAAAACAUUCAAGGUACCCAUCAGCACAGAAUACAGGUCACAUGUGGUACAAAGCAGGUUGCAAAUCUUGGCCCUUUGUCUCAAAAAACCAAAAACAGUCACGGUCAGGAAAGUCAAUAUAACUCACUUCAAUUAAACACUCUACUCUCAGAAGCUGGCUUCAGUGACUGUGAUAUUUCUUAUUCUCCUCUGAAUACAGAUGAAGAAAAAUCUACAGAAGGGGAAGAGGAGGAAGAGGAAGAAACAAGGGUUAAAAAUCUCAGGCAAAGAUUGUUUGCUGCCAAAAGCCCAGAAGACAAGAGUGGAAAAACUGGAAGUUGUACAUUUAAUAAAACAACUGGUACUUCACAGCAGUGUAACAGUGUUGAAGUAAUGAUCAAUGGCUGUUGUGAAACUUCAAAGCUGCUUUCACAAGCUAGCAUUUCCAGAAGGAUUUUAAAUUCAACAAAUGUUCUUGACCUGGUGAAACACACUACAGAAGAAUUUAUUCCUCCUAUUGAUUACAGCAGGAGUGGGGAGGAGUUUGAGGGCCUUAAACUGAGUUCUUCCAUACUCAGUCCAGGUGAAUGUGAGUGGAGCAACUCCGAUUCAAAAGACAAGACAGACUCUGCUGUUAAAAACAAGCAGCUGCCAUUGAAAUUCACAGAAGAGUUUCAGCACUGCCAAGCUGGCUCUUUAGAGAACUCCUGCAGUAUAGCUAAAACUAUCCCUGACACGUGUGGAAAUACACUGUCUCAUAACAAUUCAUAUUCAAUCAUAGAAAAAGAAGGAAGGCUUAAUAAUACUGUAGCGAUGCCUGUUUUUCCAAGUACUGUUUCUCAAGCAUUGCUACAUGUUUCUGCUGCAAAACUUAAAGUUCAAGCUGCUCCUGCCAAGGAACUUAAACAAAUGGACAUUGGUGUUUUCUUUGGGUUGCAACCGAAAGCAAAAGUGGAGAGUAACCAAAAAAAAAAUCUUUUUGAGAAAACACAGAUGUUGAGUCCACCCACUGCUGCAGGAAAGAGGUCCAAAUCUAGAAAGAGGAAAGCUGAUGGCUCAUUGAGAGACUCGGAUGUGGUUACGGAAAGCUCAAGACAAACUGCCACCUCUGCAAAGCCAGCAUUUGGUGGACAGAGACAUUGGCAAAAAAAAUUUAGAGAGUCAUGGACUUGUGCUGGUGAAACAAGAAAAAAACAGUGCCCUUUCUAUAAGAAAAUACCAGGAACAGGUUUUGUAGUAGAUGCAUUCCAGUAUGGAGAAAUUGAAGGAUGCACAGGCUAUUUCCUUACACAUUUUCAUUCUGAUCAUUAUGGUGGCCUUACAAAAAAGUUUACAUUCCCAAUAUACUGCAAUAAGGUAACUGGAAACCUGGUGAAGAGCAAGCUUCAUGUACAAGAACAGUAUGUCCACAUCUUGCCAAUGGAUACAGAAUGCAUAGUAAACGGUAUCAGAGUGGUGUUGCUUGAUGCUAACCAUUGUCCUGGUGCUGCAAUGAUCCUGUUUUCCCUUCCAAAUGGGACAGUUGUAUUGCACACGGGAGACUUCAGAGCAAGUCCUUCUAUGGAACGUUAUCCUUUUCUGAUUGGCCAGAAAGUUCACAGUCUGUAUUUGGAUACUACAUAUUGUAGUCCUGAAUAUACUUUUCCUUCCCAGCAAGAAGUUAUUCAGUUUGUUGUCAAUACUGCCUUUGAGACAGUGACUUUAACUCCCCGGACUUUGGUUGUUUGCGGCACAUAUUCUGUUGGAAAAGAAAAAGUCUUUCUAGCUAUUGCUGAAGUUCUGGGCUCAAAAGUGAGCAUGUCCCAAGAGAAAUACAAAACUCUGCAGUGUUUGGAAUCAGCAAAAAUAAAUUCUCUCAUCACCCUGGAUUGGACCAGUACUUUGCUUCAUCUUCUACCUAUGAUGCAGAUUAAUUUUAAGGGUUUACAGAACCACUUGAACAAAUUCUCUGAGAAUUUUGACCACAUUUUGGCCUUUAAACCGACUGGGUGGACGUAUUCAGAUAGAUGCUGCUCUUUCAGUGAGAUCCAACCUCAGACCAGAGGAAAGAUCACUAUAUAUGGUAUCCCUUACAGUGAACACAGCAGUUUCCUGGAAAUGAAGCGAUUUGUCCAGUGGCUGAAGCCUCACAAAAUUAUCCCCACUGUAAAUGUAGGUGAUUGGAAAACCAGAAAUGAAAUGGAGAAGCAUUUUAGAGACUGGAAAAUGGGAGUUACUGGGUAGAAUUAGGAAGAGGAGUGAAAUUUACACUACAGCAUCUUUAUGCCUUAUGUUCCAUUUGAAAUUUUCAGCCUUGGUCAGAAUUAUACUUUCAUGCAGAAGCCAGUGGUAUGAAAUGGAUAUUCCACAGCAUACAUGACAUUGCUUCUCCAUUCUACCUUUUUAUUUACCAGCAAAGGAACUAUAAUGACUCCCAUGUAAGGCAACCCUGUAUUAGUGUACAAUGCAAUUGAAUUUGUAAUGUGAGUGGCCAUUCAAAGUGCGAUUCUAACCCCCCCCCCCCGAUAAACAUGAUCGUCUGCAGGAAUUUGCUUCCCUAUAAAUAUACUGGAAGGGAAAGGAAACUGCUUAGCAUCAUGGUAAAGAAAACAGGCAUCCUGCUAUGCAUUCACACCUACAGAUAUAACAGUGAGGCCAAGAAGUGAAGAUUUAUUUCCUGUUCAAUGUUUUCAUUCCAAAAGCCAUCAAAAGUUGGUUUGCAGUGGACUGCAAAGUUAACAGUCUUUGAAAUUGUUUCCUCCUGAAACUUCUGAUGUCUCUCCCUGGCAUGUCCUUGGGCCAAGGAUAUAUUUGUCCUUGGGUCAAGGAACUGCAUGAAGAUCUCAGUGAGUAAUUUCCAGCCGAAGGUUAUGUGAUCUUAUAGCAAGUUAAGUGCCCACUACCAAACAUACUAGUUUUUAAGAUAUUGGCACACUGUCUACUACUGAAGAACCCAGAAAGAUAGCUAAAUGACAAUGGGCUAUUUUAUUUUAAAGGUAUGACAAGUCUGGGACAGUUUUCUGAAAUUUUCCAAAAUGAAUGUGGAGGAAUUACAUGUGGGUCACAGCUCCCCAAGGGGUAUUCCUAAACAUACUGGAUGCUCUUGAGUCAGGCUUAUAUUACUUGAAGGUACCCUGAUCCCAUGGAAUGAUAGGCUUGUGCACUGCUAUGAAGAACAGAAUAAUUUUUAAAUAAUGUACAUUAAUGAGAAUAUCUUCUGCAGUUUUAUAAAAAUGUAUUUCAAAUUCACUGUACAUUUAUAGCUUAUUUAAAUUUUGUGUAAAAGUUCUUAAUAAAUUAAUAUAUGUGCCCCCAAGGUGUUACAGCACCUUCUUUCUAGGAGUCCCUGCUACUGUUUUUCUUUAGAUUCUGACACUGAUCAAUGCUUUAGAUGUAUUUUACAUGCUUCAGUUUAUAUUACUACAAUGAAAUAAAGCUUUAUCAAACAAGAGA